AUGGUACCAGGGUGCAGCCGUUUCCUCUUUCACGGACUUCAGCCACCAGUUCCUCAUACCGAAGCAGCUUUCUUUUAUGAGCCUCUUCAAUCGCUUCUUACCAUUCCACUUGAUAAAAUUUAUAUUUUUCUUUCGCAAUUUUGUGUUUCUGUCUAUUAUUUCUCUCUCCCUCUCUCUCUCUUUCUCUCUCUCUCUCUCUCUUUCCGUUUUUCUUUUUCUUUCUUUCUUUCUUUCUUUUUUCUUUCUUUCUUUCUUUCUUUCUUUCUUUCUUUCUUUCUUAUUGAGUUAUCUACAGUCCCCAUUUUUGUGUUGCCCUUAGCGCUUUCUUUCUUUCUUUCUUUCUUUCUUUUCUUCUCCAUUCUUUUUUCCUUUCUUUAUUUCUUAUUCUUCCUUUCUUUCUUUCUUUCUUUCUUUCUUUCUUUCUUUCUUUCUUUCUUUCUUUCUUUCUUAUCUAAAUUCACUCUUUCUUCUGUGAUCUGGUGUGGCUCUUAUUUCAUUGUUUCAUUCUUUAUAUCUUUCCAGCCUACCUUUAUCUCUGAUCUGAGGAAGCAUUUUUCAUUUUCUUUCUCCUUUAAUGGAGUUGAUUUAAGUUAUCCCAUCGAAUGCUACUUAAACUGCAGUAUGUCGUAA